AUAUGGUGGAAUAAAACCUGCAUGCUGGAAACGGUGUUACAGGUUAUCGUUGUAAACAAUUUUCUUCUUUUGAUCAUUCUAAAUUGAUGUUGAGUUUUUAAUUCUUUUAGAUGUGCAAAUGAAUUUAUUCAAAAUGGUUCACAGUCUUUUCAAAUUGAAAAUUACUUAAUUGAAAAUUUAUUCGAUUCUCGUAUUCUGAUUUGCAGUUACUCAUAAAGUAUUGGGUCGUGUUAAUUGAAACUAUUCCAUUAUGGCGAAUGAAACUCCAGUCAACUCUUUCGUAAACUCCACCUACCCCGAACUAGUCAACUUCAGUAUCCUGAAUGAGCUGUACGGGAACAAAGAGGGAAGGGAGGACGAGAGGGUGUUCCAUUUCAUGCCCCGGAGUGCCACCAAGUCACACCAGAUCAAUGUGGUCGGACUGGCUCAGGCCAUCAUUGGGUUCACCAGGAACUUCUCAGACGAAUCAGCAGAAGUAGUGACGACAGAGAAGAGACGCCAGUAUUACCUCAACCCAGAGCCAAACUUCUUCAUGAUUCUAACGAUGAGUGUACCCAGAAAAGACACUAAUGCUACAGGUGGCCAUAGUGUGACCCAGUAUGACCAUGGCAAAGUGCCGGACAGAGUAUACGGCAGUGUGUUGAAGCAGGCAUACAAGGCAUUCAAGUUUUUCCACGGAAAAUUCCAGAACAUUCUAGACGAAUGUGGCGAAGACAAACUGCGUGCGCAGCUAAAUUUCUUCACCUCCUACUUUGAGCGACUGGACUUCGCCUCCUGUGACGUGUUGACCAUCUUCGAAGGCAUCAAGUUCCUCCCUAUAGACAAAGACACAUACCUCAGGGUGCAGUCAUUCGCAGGGUCCCUGGAGCACGAGUUGUUCACUGAGAUCGGCUUCUCUGGAGUGGAGGUGUCCAGCUUCUUCAUGUAUCUGGACUUCCUCAUCUGGAGCAGUCUCAACCAGACAGACACUCAAGUACUCUAUGAACACAUGGUCAAAAAGGUCAUCCCGGAAAGUCUGAAGAAUGAACUAUUGGUGACUGACUCUGUGCCCACCUACACUGGUCAGUUUGUGCACCCAUCCUAUGGACCAGAAGGGGAGGAGUUUGGGGAUAUAGGCAGUGGCAUUGAUCAGUUCCAUAAUGUACCACAUGCUGUUAGUGGCGACGCAGAAUCUGUGCGUACAGUGUACCUCGGAAGUGGCGACUCGUUUUCAGCCACGGGUGGAAAAGAGAGUAAAUUGAGAGCCAACUGGCUGGUCAUCUACAGGUCCAAGAACAUGUGGGUGUGUCUGUUGAUCGACAAGGCAUCCAAACCAGAACUGAAGUUGGAUUUCUUCCGGAGGGUCCAUGGGUUUCUAGGCCCUGGACUGUCGUCUCUCUCUGAUGACGUCGUGAUUUCUCUGGAUCGACACAAAAUGACGCAAAAUACUGGAGGUAACGGGGGACCACAGAUGCAUCCACAACUAGUCUGCUACAUUUACUUCAAUAGAAUGAAUCUGGCCACCAGAGCUCAGAACGCGGACAGAUCGAACAGUGCGAACAGACUUGCUUCUAGUCAUGAGCUGAUGCUGCAGUUGUGUGAUCUGCACAAUGACCUCAACAAUCAACCUAUGCAUUCUUCCAGGGAUCCCAACAAACAGUCCGAGUUUAUCGAGAGACUGGCGAAGAACAACCAGGGCUACUGGCUGUACGGCAGAAUCAGUCACCAGAGAGAAGUUUACAUGGUCAUCAACAACAAAGAGAAAGCACUGAAGGACGUGUACGAAACAAUGGCGUCUAUUCUAGAGACAGAAUUCGGAAAUUUAUUCUACGCCGUCUAGAUCAUUCUAGAAUAUUCUCAAUUCUUGAAUUUUCUCAUGUGGAAGUUUAAAUUAUUAUGGGAUUUAUUGGAGAAUGUUGUGACGUGGAAGUUCUAAUCUAAAUUAUGAAUACGAGCAGACCAGAAUCGUCCGCUAUUUUUGAAGAGUCCAUUACACCCUAUGGAAGUCGCAUUGGAGUUUACACUCAUAUCAGCAAUUAUCACAAUUUUAUUGUUAUCUUCACUUGGGAGUUUAUUUUUGACAGGUCCCAGAACCAAACAAGGAAAUAAGUUUCUCUUGGUUCUUCAUGAUAUUUUGAGUUACCUUCAAAAAACUUUUCGGAAGCUUAUGGCCAACUUGCGAGGAAAUUUCUGCUUGAAAUAAAUAGCGUGUUGAACACUGUUUCAGCUGCUGUGAAAUUGUUCUCUUGAAAAGUUAACUUUAUUGUCAAUUCUAAUUUUUGAACUACUAUGUUUGCUGAUCAAUUGAAUAGAUAUUUAUA